CAGAGAGAGAGAGUUGAGAUGUCUUGAUGGAUUAUUGGAUGUACCUGGUUGUCCAUUACGCACACGGAGUCUAAUUUACGGACGCUGUUUACUAUGGAUUGGACAAACUGAUGUUAAAACUGACAACAACCACGAGAGAAGAGGGAGAAGAAUGGACGCCGAGGGUCAGAUUCAACACAUUGAACGAGACAUGGAGGCCACUUCAUUGCCGUAUUCAUUGACCACGGACUGGCUGGAGGACGGGAACGAGACGACCGGGAAUCAGUUCCAGCAGUCGGACUGGCAGGUGGCUCUGUGGGCUAUAGCCUACUCCCUCAUCAUCCUAGUUUCCAUCACUGGCAAUGUAACAGUGAUCUGGAUUAUUCUUGCUCACAGGCGCAUGAGGACCGUCACCAACUACUUUAUCGUCAACCUGGCCUUCUCUGAUGUUUCCAUGGCAACCUUUAACACUCUUUUUAACUUUGUCUAUGCGCUUCACAACGACUGGUACUUUGGCCUAGGCUAUUGCCGGUUUCAGAACUUCUUCCCCAUCACGGCCAUGUUUUCAUCAAUAUACUCGAUGGCUGCCAUCGCAGUGGACAGGUACAUGGCUAUCAUCCACCCUCUGAAGCCCCGCCUCUCCUCCACCUCCACAAAGGUUGUGAUUGCCCUGAUAUGGAUCGUAGCGAUACUACUGGCUUUCCCUCAGUGCUACUACAGCGUGACAAUUUUUUACUACCCCAGAACCGUGUGCAUGGUCGACUGGCCUGACGACUAUGGAGGAACACAUCAACUAAGUUACCAGUUUGCAGUGAUAUUGCUGAUCUACCUGCUCCCUCUACUGGUGAUGCUGGUGACUUACAGUUUCGUCGGCAGAUCGCUAUGGGGUGGGCACAUCCCUGGAGAGGCGACAGACCACUACCACAGCCAGAUAACAGCCAAGAGAAAGGUGGUGAAGAUGAUGGUUGUCGUUGUGGUGACCUUUGCCCUUUGCUGGUUGCCCUACCACAUCUACUUCAUAUUGGGAUCAUUUAACAGAGACAUUUAUAAACAACAUUACAUCCAACAGGUGUAUCUGGCCAUAUUCUGGUUGGCGAUGAGUUCGACUAUGUACAAUCCCAUCAUCUACUGCUGUCUAAACCAAAGGUUUCGUGCUGGUUUCCGCCAUGCGUUUGCGUGGUGUCCCUUCAUCAAAGUGUCGGAGGAGGACAGGAUGGAGCUGCGGCAGACCCACACUUUCAGAGUCACCAUGACACGCAGCCACCGCAAAGACAGUGCAUACAUACACACCUCCAUCAAAGCAAACAACACCUUCGACGCAAAAGUGUCUGUCAACACUGAGCUAAACACAGAGAGAGAUGCUUGCAUGCAGCUUAAAAAACAGACACCAACAAAAACAUACAGUGUACACAACACACGUGCAGAGAAGAGGCCGGAAGAUACAAACUCCCCAGCUGCCAAACUUAUGCAGCACAACCAUUGACGAUUGAAUCAAAUCAUGAUGAGGACAUCGAUGUCAAGGUAACAGGGUUUGUCUAUAGCAACAGAGCUGAUAAUAAAUAGACUGCAGCCAAUAAAGACAGAGGAGAUCCUGCCGACAGAGUUGAGCAAACUAUGGUGACAUUCAUCAUCGUGGAAAACCUUAUAGUAAAGAGUUGUUCAUUGGACCUGGCUUGGGACCAAUAACUUUUUUGUAAAAGAGGAAUGUAAAUAAAUGUGACUAUCAAGCUGAUGGUCAUAAGCAUGUGAAAAUAUAGUUAUAUAUGCAGUUAGAACACUUGCAUACUGGACAACAAGGGAGGCUUAUUGUUGCAUUAAGUCUGUCAUUACUUUUACUGAAGCCCGUUCACCCUCCUGCUCCCUCUAUCAUCUACACUCUUUCUUUCAUCACUGACUUUUUACUAACUUUUUCUCUACUUUUGAGAAAAAACUGUGGAUAUUUUUGUGUAUGUAGUUACUGGUUUUCAACAGCAUGGAAUGGAUGAACAGUCUACUGGCAUCAGCACCAAGCCUUAAUCAUUUUGUUUUCAUCUUUUUAUUGCCCCAGACAUGGGACUUAAAAAAAAGGCCUUUUCUCAUGGGGACCAUUUCUAUUUAAUUUCUUCACCAAUCAAUUUUGAAUGCUGAAUAUACUGUAUAUAUAAGUUAAGCAGAUCAGUUCAUGUAGUUUUGUCUGAGGAGCUCUGUGGUGUAAAUUCAGCAGUUAAAGGAACUGUGUGUAGGAUUUAGGGGAUUUGUUGGCAAAAAUUGAAUAUUCCCAACUAUGUUUUCAUUAGUGUAUGACCUGAAACUAAGAAUUGUUGUGUUUGUUACCUUAAAAUGAGUUCUUCAUAGAGAGCGCCGGGUCCUCUUCAUGGAGUCUGCCGCCAUGUUGCACAAAAACCAUGUCACCACCACGAAAUCCUAUACAAUGCUCCUUUAAGGAUUUAUGAAAAUACAAAUGUGACUGCUUUUAAAACUGAAAUUAAGUCAACUUAAAGUUUAAUUCCAUCCUCAUCUAAUAUACACAGAAUUAGCUAUUCAUACUUUACACAAGAUGUAACAUGCACAAAGUAAAAUAUAGCCUCUGCAUUUAACUCCUGGUAUUAUGAGCAGUGGGCAGCUACUAUACAGCACCCUGUAAACAAAGACUCAGUUGCAGUGAGGGGACCACCUCCUGUGUCGAACAUAAAUACAACAUCUACAUUGACAUUAACUGAUUAUUAUCCAUUUUAAAAGGAAAAUUGACCUUAUUUUAUAGACUUUGCUGGAUCUCCCUCGUCAUUAGUUACAUGAGCACGGACCUGUUACUGCACAGUACUAAAUCUGUCACAUGGUGUGCAUUCAUUCAUCACGUUGCUCAUAUAUUGUGACUUCACUGGUUCAUACGACUGUAUGUAUUAUGGUCAGUGUACAGUAGAGUCCAGAUUAAAAAGUCAAAGUGCUGCUACUUAGAAGAAUGUGAUGUAAAAUGUAAUCUAUUGAGUAUAUCAAUGUUAAACAUGCAGAUGACAUGGAAAUUGAAAUAUGGGACUUAUCCAGUAGGAUCAUGAUGUUGUAAAUACUGUAGCCUGUUGGCAUCGACAUUUGAGAAUGUAUAGAAAAUCUUUUGAUUCCUUGAAAUAACUUUUGACUUUUUAAACACACACAAUGACAAAGUGAAACGUCUGUAUUGGUUGUUGACAAAAAAAGCAGGGUAGUUGUUGGCCUAAAUAACCGUUAAUAAUGUUUAAUAAAUGUGA